CAACAGCAGACAAACGUCUUUUGUCCCGCUCCCAAGUUUCUUGAAGACCCUGACAUGACCGAAGAACAGAAACAGAUUAUUAUGAAACGCAUUCACGAAGUAAGGUCAAAAUAUGAAGCGUUUGUAGAAAAAGAUAUAAAUCAAAAGAUACAAACUAUCAUGUUUGCCUCUGAUUUGACGGAAGAAAAAGCACGUUUGGCAUUGUCUCUUUGUCAUGAUGAUGAACAUGAAGUUCUUAAUAAGCUUGCGGGGAAGAGUGCAAGAGGCUUUCGUAAUUUGCUACAGCCUGCUAGUUACAUACCUGAUGAAAAAUAUAUAGAAGAAGGCUACUCUUCUCCUUCAACCCCUUCGACUCCCACAGCUGAAGAAUUUGAGUCAUUAGAUCAAAUAGAUGUCCCAUUCACUUUGCCAUCAACACGAACCACCGUCAUCGCUCUUGGUUGUUAUCACAAGUCUCCAUCAUGGUGGUCAAGUCCGGGAUCAUUGUAUCAUCAUCCGAUUCCUAUUAAUUACAAAGCUAAGAGAAUAGAAUCAAAUACUACCUACAUAAUGUCCAUUGAAGAAGAUCCAACGACUGGAAAUCCGCUUUUCAGAGUUACAAACCAGUCGACAAAACAAUCUUUUACGGGAAGUUCACCUACCAAACCAUGGACAAUGGUAUGUGUCUCUCAUUCGUCAUCACGAGCAACUCGUAUUUCUGGUCCUUUGUUUUUUGGAUUUUCUGACCCACUAUUACAACAGUUAUUUACAAAAAUGGUCAAAGAAAAUGAUAUAGAGGAAUAUUAUUAUAGAUUUGUUGGUGAAGGAGAAAUUUUUUGUUGUGAUAAAGAGUGGAAAGAUGAAGAAAGGCAAAUUCUUUUAUCAGAAAUCCGUAAAUUCUGUGGAAAUAUUGACCCAUUAAUUACGGAUAGCGAUGUUUCUUUUCAUUUUGGGUUAGUUGCGCGUAAUAUUCCCAAUCGAACGGGAUUUCAAUGUCAAUAUGAAUAUAAUCGCCUGGUGACUACGGGUCAAAUUGGUGAAUUUGAUGGUUGUCCCGUGACAGCUUUACGAGUAAAUUACGAUAAACUCGUUAAAUCUAUGUCUUCCAACGGUCAAAUCAAGCGAGCGAGAAAAUUUUCUAGUCAAAAGGAGGAUGAUAAAUGGAAUGCGAAAACCAAAAUUAAUUAUAACCCUUGGAAUCCGUUGCCAAACAUGAAAGAUGCGAUUACGAUGGAAAAUAUGAAUGAACCAGCAAUCUCACCGGAUGGAUUUACUAAGAAACGGUUGACACGUCGACAAUUAGUGAAAUUGACUUUCGACAAUAUUGCUGACUAUUUAGACAGAAUACGCGAACCAUAA